AUGGACGCCUCGACCGCCGCAAGGCUCCGGAAGAGGUUUUGGUUCGUUUUCAUUGUUUUGUUCGUGUUAUGGUACCUUUUGCUUUACGUGGUUGAUUGGUCGGCUCUCCCAGGAAGAACGUCUACGGCCGAGAAUUUCCAAUCCGAGGCUAUCCAAUCGCACCCCGCAGAUCCCUUGGAUGCAACGACAGAGAUUCCCUCGUCACACGGGCAAGACAACGUUAGCGUGCACGAAGAAACGCCUCCGCCGGAGAAGAAAGGGGAUUUGGUACCAGAUUUGGACGGCCUGGAGAAAGAAUUGGAGCCUUUGUUGAAACAAAACAAUGGGAAAUCAUCAUGUUCGGGGAGAUACGUUUAUAUGCACGAUUUGCCUGCCCGGUUCAACGAUGACUUGAUAAAGCAAUGUAAAUUGUUGGAUCCGUGGGUGGAUAUGUGCGCUUACACGGCCAACCAAGGAUUGGGUAUGGAGGUGGGGAAUCCGGGGAAGAUUGUCCAGGCAAGAGACUGGUUUUACACCCACCAGUUCUCGCUGGAACCCAUAUUUCACGCCCGGAUGAAACAGUACGAUUGUUUGACGAAUGAUUCCUACAAAGCCGCCGCCGUUUUCGUGCCGUACUAUGCGGGUUUCGACGUCGCCCGCUACUUGUGGGCCGACUUCAACGCCUCCGUUCUAGACUCUGGCGCUCGGGAUUUGGUAAACUGGCUCAGGGAGAGGCCGGAGUGGAAGGUUAUGUGGGGGAAAGACCAUUUCUUUAUCGCCGGGAGAGUAACCUGGGAUUUCCGACGGCUUGGUACUACCUGGGGCAACAGCUUACUAGUGAUGCCGGAAUCUGAGAACAUGUCGGCGUUAACGAUCGAGUCCAGCCCUUGGGACAAGAACGAUUUUGCAAUCCCGUACCCGACCGACUACCAUCCCUCCUCCGACGAGGAGGUGGCCCAAUGGCAGAGCAAAAUGAGGAAACAGCGGCGGGGGACGCUCUUCUCGUUCGCCGGAGCGGAGAGGCCCAGCAUGCAGGAUCCCAUACGAAGCCAAGUGAUGAAACAAUGCGUCCAAUCGCGGCGAAAAUGCAAGCUAUUAGAAUGCAAGAGCGAGGACAAGAACUGCGAGAAGGCAACCGACGUGAUAAAAUUGUUCCAGAGAUCAAUCUUCUGCUUACAACCCCCCGGAGACACAUUCACCCGCCGCUCAAUUUUCGACUCCAUCCUCGCCGGCUGCAUCCCCGUGCUCUUCAACCCCGCCUCCUUCUACGUCCAAUACAUCUGGCACCUCCCUAAAGACUUCACCAACUACUCUGUGCUCAUCCCCGAAGACGACGUCAAGGAAAACAAGGUGAGCAUCGAGAGAGUGCUGGCAAGAAUCCCACGGCGUCGAGUUGCAGCCAUGAGGGAGCAGGUUAUACGCCUCAUUCCCAAGGUGAUAUACGCGAACCCGAGGGGGAGGUUGAAGAGGGUGGAAGAUGCGUUUGAUUUAGCAGUGAAGGGAGUGAUUGGGAGAGUGGAGAGGUUGAGGAACAAGGAGGAGAAGGAAUUUGACGAGCAGAAAAGCUGGAAAUAUUAUACGUUUGGAACAGUGGAGAAGCAUGAGUGGGAUCACUACUUUAGAAGGCGCAACUUAACGGCUAGAUAG